AUGGCUUCAUCUUGCGGCUUGCUCUCUGUUUUCUCUCUUUUUUUCCUGUGUGUCUGCGCGUCCCCAGGGGCCCUUCAGCCCUCUAUACCUCAGCAGGCACAUAACCCGCCAAAAACCACUCAGUCUGCUGAUGCCGUCGAUCUCUCCUCAGAUGUAUCUGCACCUCCCAACACAUCCGUCCCCAAGGCCCCCACAAAGGGCUCACCCCGGGGUCCUUCCACAGUGCAGGACAUCUGUGGAGCCCCCGAGGACUUGGCUGCCUGCGACAUCGUAAAAGACGGCGUCUGCAUAAUAUCGGGGGGGUACCUGCGCCUAGUGCGGCGUCGGCGAUGGCGUGGGAAGGGGAAGCCCUUGAAGGGGGCCCAUCCAGGGAACCCACCUGAGACCCGGUGGGUUGACAGUUUGCGCAUUAUAAGUGGGGGAGACAUCGAAGUUCGGGGCGCAUUCGUUAAGUGCAGGGGUGCCCCUGCUUCUGCCGAGGCGGGGGCGGUGUGGGACCUCCGUCGCCGCCUGCCCCUGGCUAUGGGGGCCCCCUCGGGCCCGAGGGGCCCCCACCACACGCCCACGCAACGCAUAGAACUCUGCGCACGUGGCAGCAUUCGGCUGACGGGCCCCGCCAAGCUGCACUGCAACGAGGCGGUGCUGUGGGCGGGAGACUCUGUCACGGUGGGGGAGGCGGCGGAGGUGAGUGCCUCUGCAACUGUCACUUUGAGGGGCCCCCCAAGCCCGAGGGGGCGCAGGGCCCCCUGGGGCCCCUCGGCUUCAGCUGAUGAGCCCCGCUCUGCAGACACCCCGUUUGCUGCGUUGGCUGCCAGUCCGACGCUGGACACCGUUGUCACUGUCCUACGGCAGCAGCUCGCGCUGGGGGCCCCUGUCAGUGCAGAGGGUCGCUUGGGCCCCGUAGCCCGUGGAAGAGAGGCUCCCCGAGGGCCCCUCCACCUCACUGUUGCCCCCGGCGCCGACGAGGCAGCUUCAACUCCUGGUGCAGCGCCUAGCGAGGAGGCGUCUGCCCAGGGGCCCCUGCAGAAGGCCCCCGAAGAGCGGCACCCACGGGGGGGGAGUCAUGGGGGACUCGGCGGCGUCUGGAGGGACCGCUGCGCAGCAAAUGCUUUUAGUAUUCCCGUGAGGGCCCCUGCUGACCUAAGGGGGGACGUGUUUUUGCCCCUUGCUGCGGGAGAGCCCGGCAUGCUGUAUACAAGUGGAGUUGGGGGCCCCCUGGGGGACUCCCAUGACGGCAGGGACGCGCCCUCUGCGCAGGGGGAUGAUCACCUACUGGCCCCUAAGGGAGGAGGGUUAGUCGCGGUGGUGGCGGGGCGGCAGCUGUCUAUUGAGGGGCAGAUCAGUUCCUCUGGAGAGCCCGGGUGGGGCUGUGAGGCGCAGGGGGCCCCUCCGCCAAAGGGCCCCCGGCAGGGUGCGGGAGGAGCCAGGGCCUCACACUGGCGAGGUGCAGCGCCUCUUACGACUGUCUUCCGUAGUCUCCUCGGGGGAUCCGCAGGAGGAGUGAACGCGGCCGGAAACGGACCUGUAGCAGCAGCAGAAGGUACAGCACCAGCAGCCGCAUCAGCAGCAACUUGUGCAACUGCAGGUAGCGGGGGCUCUAUUGUACUGGUGGGGGAGUCUGUCGUUUUCCCCAGCCCCAUGAGGAGUGGACGGGUGUCGGCGGCAGGCGGCGGCUGCUUACGGGGCCGCCCUGACGGUGAGCCCUCGGGAGGCCCCCCAAGCAGGGUACGGGGGCCCCAGGAGGUGCCUGAGGCCCUUGGUGGGUUGUGCGCAGCUGGGGGAGGAGGGCGCAUAGCCAUAUAUGCCGAACAGCCGCAUCCUUUGGACCCCGUAGUCCUGGCUCCGGGAGGCUGCGCACUGCGGAGCAGCCGCCUUGAUUUGCUGCCUUGUCUCUGUGGGGGAGGGGGCACCAUCUUUUCGCGGGCACAUCGCCGGCUGGUGGUUGCCAACAAACUUACUGCAAUUGCAGCUGCUGCUGCUGCUGCUGCAGUUGCUGCUGCUGUUGGCCCGCCACCGAACGUCUGGGGCCCAGGCCCACGCGGGCAGCCUGCCAGCCCGCAUCUGUUUGACCCCAAACACAAAGAGUUGCAGGAGGGGGGUGGCGGCCUUUCUUUAGGCGAUGCCCGAGAUGCCGGCGGGUUCCUUUCGGACGUGGCUCUGGCGCCGCUUGAUGGGGCUCCAGGAGGGGCGUCCUCCAGGCUGGAGGCCCUGGCUGUGCUGAGUGUACAGCCAACGCCUCUUCCGGUGCCCCUCUACGCCCCCACCUUGACGCUGGCGGUAGAGGCUGCGGUUGUGACAUUGAGGGGCCGAACGGAAGGAGACUGGGGACCCUCUCAGGACACCGAGAGCGCUGAAGUCCCCCCCGUCAGGCCUGCAGGCCAUACGGGGCCCAAGGUGGUCCUGGGCAGCCUGCUGCUGCAUGGAGGCACUCGCGGCUCUGCACUGCACAUUCUUUCGCCUCUUCACCUGCACACGGCAGAAGGUAGCCUCCGCCUACGGCAGCGCAGCUCCCUCGUCUUGGCCCCUUGCGGCGGCUACGAGGAGGAAGAGACAGGGGACCCCGGGGGGGCCCCGUGCAUGCAAAGGGGCGUGACAGUGUCUAGCAACCCUCUACUGGGAACUGCGUCCGUCGUGGUCUCAAGUGCAGCUUCUCUGUCUGUCGGCGAGGGCGCUGCUGUGCACAUCAUCCCCGGACGAAGGACCUUCCACUGUGGGGGAAGGGAUCCCGGCACAGCAGGGGCCCCGCAGCAGCACGGCCUACAGGAGACAGGCCCCCUGGCGGUAGGACUGCUUGCUGGGGAGCGCUUGCUGCUUCACGGGAAUCUUGGUUUAGGGGCUGCUCCCAGUGACUGUCUACCCGCGCCUCUUAAAAAGACGCCGGUGCUGCUCUUUGGAGGUCGCGAAGUCUCGCUGAGGGGGGAGCAGCAGUUGGACCGCCUCAUUCUUCUGAGUCCUGGGCUAGUCACGCUGGCCGGGAGCUGUACGGUGGGAGGGCCCCACCGCUGCAAUGCCCAGUCCACCCCGCUGCUGCAAGGGGGCCCCGCGGCAGUGAACAGGAGGGCCUCGCGUCCCAGCAGCAGCAUCUGCGGCACCCUUGAAGAGUACACGAAAAUGCACGUGGCGCCGCAUUUGCAAGCCGCUGCGGAGGUGGCGGACUCAUCGUCCCCUCAAGCGACCCCAGCGCGACACCCUGCAACUGAAAAGGCGUCUCGAGAAAAGCAAGAGUCGCUCCUCAGCAGCCACAUGAAUGCCCCACCGGCCGGAGGACCCGCAGGGGAUUCACCUGCUGGGGCUGCAGGAGUAGCCUCAGCGGAAGCAGGGGGCCCCCCAUUCAUCAGCACUGUUCAUAGGUCUGGGUCACCGUGCACGGCAUCGGCCUGCUCGAGUGAAGAGGCGGUUGAAGAGAGUAAGGGACAGGAGUCUAUGUUGCAGUGGCUGGUUCGAUAUUUGCGGGGCCUCGUCUUUGAGGAGGACGAGACGAGGGCCGUGGGCUGCGACAGCUCCGGUCAGCCGUCAGCAAAGAGCAGGCCCCCUCAAGCGAGGCCAUGUUCUGGCCCGAAUGGGCGCUUGCCAAAGGGCGACUUCUCCUCCCUUGUGGGGGGCCCUUCUGUAGAUGCGGAUCUGCCUGUGGACCCGCUGGGGAGGGUCUGGACGUUGGAGUCUCUGGGGCUCAGCGACCAAAGAGGGGCCCUCAGGAGGAGCCGCCGUCUCCUCAGCAGGCGGCUCUACCAUCUGCUCAAGCCAGAUGUCUCGCCGGCUUCUCUGGAACAGAAGGAGGUGCCCAAGACUCUCCCCCUGUCGCCAUCCUCUCAUCCAGCUGCCCCGAGAGAAGACGCAGGGACAACGGCAGCGGCAGGAGCGGAAGAAGCAGCAGCAAAGGCACCAGCGGAAGAAGCUGAGGCGGCUUCUGCGCGGGCAAGUUGGGCCCAACAAGAGACAGAACACGGGGAGAACUUUGGGGUGUCUGCAGAUGAGGAAGCGGCAAUGCCUGCGACUUUGGGCAUUCCGUCUCUCUUGUGGCGUAGGCUCUAUUCCUUUUUGCCUCAGAACUCCGAGGCCACCCGGCUGUUUGUCACGGGCCUCUCGGGGGAGGCCUCUGCCUCGAGUGAAAAAUCCCACACCUUGAACGCUUUGACGGCGGGGGACGCCAGCGCGCUUUUGUAUGGGUGUACAGCUCCGUGGAGCUACUUAGAUGCCGCCAUCUUCGCUGGCGAGAAUCUGUUGGUGGAGCCCGGGGCCUCGCUUGUUGGUGGGGGCCUCCUACUUUGCGGCAGCAGCGGUAACACUCACCUGCGGGGGAUAGUCGAUGCUAGCCGACGGGGGUGCCAGCCUUUGCACGGACCCGGGGCAGGCAGCCGAGGAGUGGCUGACGAAGCCUCUUUGAGCAGCAACAACGUCUCCUCUGAAACCGAGGGCCCCGAACAGUCCGCGCUGUGCGGGGGGGGCGGAGGGGCGCAUGUGGGGUCGGGAGGGGAUGGGGUGCAUGCGCUGACAGGCAAGGCGUGCAGCGGCAGUGGGGGCCUCAGCUACGAUCGAGGCCCCCGCAUGACGCUUACUGACCAUCUGUCUGUUGCUGGUGCGGCUUCGCCCAAGGAGAAAUCCCACACGGAGAACAAUAGUCCCGUUCUGUUCGUCCCAACAGCCAGCGCCUCAGGAGGAGGAGGAGACCUGGCCCGCGCGGGCAGCGGGGGCGGGUUUGUGUGGGUGCAGGGGCAGACAGUGACAGUGGACGGCCAGAUAAUAGCUGAUGGGGGAGGUGGAGAGCUCAUGCAGGAAGCCAUCAUCGACGUUGAAGUCAACGCUGACACGUGCCCGCCUCGGCCUUCCCCCCUUGCAGAAACACUCAAUACCCCUCCAGAUGCCGCCAAAGAAGCAAAUACAGGCAAUGGAAAGGCUGCAUCCUCUGGCGCUUCUCCAGGGGAGGUAAGAGGAGAAAGCCCUGGUGCACCAGCUGACGUGCUGCAACAGCCCGGUCGGAGCUUCACAAAGACAGAGGCCUCCUUUGCCUCCUUAGCACAGGAGACGAUCGAGGCGGUGAAAGCGGCACCAGGGGACCCCACGGCCCCUACUGCGGGGAUGCCCACUCUGGACAGCGUCUCUUGCCAGCUGUCUGGGAUCCUAGCAGAUCCUGCCCAGUUGGGGCAAGGCGGAGGAGCUGGGGGCUCUGUAGUGAUAGAGGCGGGAGCACUUACGGGCCACGGCACUAUCUCUGCCCAAGGUGGCCACGGUGGCCGCUGCACGGGGGGCGGCGGAGGCGGAGGCGCCAUAGACUUAUUGUGGGAUACGUCGCUGCUCUACUGGAGGGGGAACACUCCUGCACAACAGCAGCGCGCGCAUAGGAGCAGACAAGGUGGAGCCGGCAGUCCGUUCAGUGGGCAUGUAGCAGAGGAAGAAGUGGGGCUAACAAGUGAAGGAAAGCCCGACCCUUUCAUCCCGUGGCUGAAGCCCUUAGACUACGCUAGCGGAUUCGUUGGUACCCUGAAAGUCAAUGGAGGGGGAAGCGACCCGUCCCCUGCAUGCGCGCCGCUGCAGCUUCCUUUAGGGCACCGAGGGUCUCCAGGAGAAGUGCGGAGCCCCUUCGGCUGCCCCCCUGGCUAUGCAGGUUGGAGCUGCAGGCCGUGCCCUAUAGGGUUUUACUCUGUUGACGGUGGGACUGCGUGUCUUAGCUGCAAAAACAAACCGUCAGACGAUGCCAUUUACACGCGAGAAGGAGUUGGGGGCCCCGAGUGCCCUUUUGCCUGCGCUGCGGGACUUCCAGACGCCUCUAUCAACCCCAAGUGCCUUCCCGCUUUCAUGUUCAUUCUAGAUAACCUCCUCUGCUUUGCAGUGCUUGUCCCCACAUUGGCCGUUUGUAUAGCCUUACUCGGUUUGGCUGUUUUACUUAGAGAGCUUGCCCGACGGCAGAGACAGCAGGGCUGGGCUUAUGGGGCCCUCUUUGGGCUCCUGAGUCCAGGAUCGUCUCCCGAUGAGGGUGGGCUGGAAAGUGCAGCGACUCCUUCGGGUUUUAUGGGGCUGCAGCCGUCUCCUUCGAACUCUCUUGGGUACGUUGCGGGGUCCAAUGAGAAGCGGCUGAUGCACUUGUCAGUGCACCAUCUCACAUCUGAAGACUUACCAUUCCAUGUGCUGCGUAUUUAUUUGCACGGACGCAAUUCGCCGGACUCUCCGUGGGGCCUGGACGGCCAACCUCCCCCUUUCCUGGAUCCCCUGAUAACCCCACACCGGUUCGCCGCAUUUGCAGCUGCAGCCAAUUCGAUCUGCGGCUUCAGCCGCUCUUUUGUUCUGGUCCACGGGGCACUUUCUUUCGUCUACCCUGCAUUUGCGGCGUUGCUGCUGCGAUAUGCCAGGGCCCGCCGGGCAGACAAAAUGAUAACUCUGUGUAGUGCGCUGUCCGGGGUCCCCUCGGGUGUCGGUGAAGGGGGCCUCCAGUCCAGUUUGAGGUGGGAGCGGAGACGCCCCUGGAGUUCCUUGCUGCCCUUCCUCCGAUUAGAGAGGGAUGUGGGAACGGAUGCAGCUGCUGAAGUGUCGGGAGCUGUGUCGUUCUGGCGAAGCAUCCGCGCGAGGGAGCUCUCUUUCGCCCUCAAGUUCGGCUGCGACCCAGACUGUACACUGGGAUUUGUUGAUGUGUUGGACCUCGACAGAAACAUAUUGGACUACCGCUGCUCCCCCCAGCUGCCCAUGGUGCUUCUCAUACAAGGCGAUGGCAAGGUUGUUCCAUUCAGCCUCUCGGGGGGCCUUCGAGCGCCGGGGGCGCCCCGAGCUGCCCUGGGGCCCCGCCCGGCGGACGGGGAGGGUAGCCCUGCGGACCCGCUGCAGAGGGCCCUGGAAGAGCUGGCAUCUCCCUCGGUGUGGGCGUGCAUUGCCCACUUUUUUAGUGCGAAGGUUAAGGAGCUGACGGCGGAAGAACUCAGUUCAUUGAAAGCCUUCACCGGCACAGGUGAAUGUCCUAGUUCAGGCGGCCAGAAGGAAGGGCCGAGCCUUGAGGGGUGGGCUCACGAUGGUAAGAACUGGCCAGGAACGGGAGGGCACUGCAGCGCAGAAAGAGAGGCUCCAGCAUACUACUGGGUACCACGCCCCUUCUCAAGGUGCGGAAGAUGUGGGAAACUGCAACUGCCCCCCGCCCCAGAAGCGUCAGGGGGCAGAGCCCUCGGUAUGCUAAUGGGUGGACCCUUGUACGCUCUGCGUACGGUUGCCAGGCUUUCGGAAGGCAUUCGUCUUAUGAGCGACAGAAUCCUCAGGCCUCACGGCAUUGGCGCUGCGGUUGCUGUGCUGGUGAGCCACGGCUUCGUCAGCAGAUCUGAUGGAGUCAAGAGGGGGACAGGCGCUCCUGAGAACACCCGGAAGCUUCAUUCGGCUGUUCCAAAGCGUGACGUCAGGAGGCCCCCGCUGCCUCCCGACGAGAGGAAAGGAACGAAAGCAGGACAGCAUCUCGCAGCAGGAUCGAAAAGACCACUGUACGGGGACGCAGGGCCCCAUGCGCUUCAAGGACCCUUCGGCACUGGCCGUCUGCUCCUGAGAGCUGCUUCCUCUCCAUCUGCCCUACUUGACAGUCUGCGGCGCAACGGGAGCCCCCAGGAGGCAGGCGAAGUGGCUCCUGACGCCACUUGCGUUGUAGGGACCUCUGGAGUGACGGAAUUUGCUAUGGAGAACCGUCUGGGUGCAGAAAAAGGCGGCUCUACAACUUCGUUGGAAGCCCUCGUGGCAAGCGCGCAGCAGCAGGCGGCAGUCACCAGCCCCAGGAUGCACAUGUGGGGAGAGGGAAAAGCUUCUGUUGAAACAGAAGCGUCUCUUGCCCUAGUUAUUACUGAAGAAGCCCCUCAGCCUAGCGGAGAGGGCCCACAGCCGACUCACCCGGGCGCUCAGGAGAGGGGGACCUCAGCUAGAGAAGGCACCGAGCCAGUCGUCGUACCUACAUUCCCGCCGGUGUCCUCCAUGGCAAUUACUUCUCCCUUAGACCCUCGCCGUUUGUCGCUCCGUAACCCGGUUCUUGCCCCAUACACUGCUGCUGCUGUGACGUCGCUGCAGAAGUCCGUUCCGUACUGGGGUUCUGGGUCUUACUUCGCAACUACUUCCUAUUCGGGAGCAUUUGGGGGCCCUGCAUCGUUGCGGCAGUCGUUUGACAGACCAGUGGUCCCCUCACCCAAACACCACAUGCCAAGCGGGAUUAGAGGAGCUUGCCGAGUCACGAAGUCCUCAAGCGAUUUGUCUUCACCGGAAUCGCAGUGCAGCAGCUCGAUCUCCCCCCAAGGGCCCUCAUCGGGAAACACCAAGGAGGAGCAGGGGGAGGUAUUGAGCGGGUUAGUCAUGUCUCUAGCUGACGCUGCUCGACGAUCUGCAGGGGCUGACGCUCAGCACCUCCGCGAUGCGGUACAGGCCUUGCAGAAGAGUGCGCUUGCUAAACUGGGGACAGGGCCAGAGGGCGCAGGGACAGCUAUCAGCAAUGACGGCUCAGGGAUUCUCUCACGCGUCACAACUGGUGCAGCAGGUCCAGAGUCAGAUGGUGAUCAAAGGUCACCUCUAGGAGAUGCGGGUACCCAGGACACCCCCCAGAAGCGCGGCUUUAACGUGCUGCCCCCUCUGCGGCUCGCAUGGAGGCGCCUUCGCUUCCGAAGCUCAUCAACAGAUAUGGCCAGGCACGCCUUCCGCACUGGGAAACGGGCACAGCCUUCUCAUGAUGCACCUACAUGA